CUAAAACCUGCCAAGCAAAACCAGCCGUACAGCACUGUAAAAGAUGGCUGGCAUUUUAAAUGUCAAAAAAGUUUUUUGGUUAUUAUUUAGUGCUAUUUUCUUAGCUACUGACUUGAGUUGUGAAAGAAUCACGGAAAAAAUUUAUCAGCGAAUUGACGAUGGUUUUAGUUGCUUUAGAAGGUUAAAUGGAACCCAUCAGAUCGGUUGUUCAUCUUCCCAAUCAGGAAAUGUAGGUGUUGUACAUUAUAUUGGAACAAAACUGGAUUUUGAUUGGCUUCUUGAGGUUGGCCCUGAUGCACCAUACAUGGUUUUACUACCUCCGAACAUGUUUAGAAGAGAAAAUCUGAUGACACUGAAAAAUUCAGGCAAAGUUGCUGGCAUAGUAGUUCUAAACAAAACUGAUACUACAUUUCAUAAUCCAGCUCCAGCACCGCCCUAUUCCAAUGACUUAACAUGUCCCAACAAAAUUACUGGACUGUAUAAAAAUGAUGCAUUUUCGUCCUACUGUGAUUCCAACCCAUGGAAUCCUGCAGGAGAUGCAAUUUUAUUUGAAGAUUUCCAAUUCCCAAUUUUUUUCAUUAAUGAAACCAACCUAAAUCAAUCAAUCUUGCUUGACGAUUGCUUUUUCAAGUUCAAUCGACCGGUUGAAGGUUCUCCACCCAGCUACCCUCUCUGUGCUAUUGAACUCAAAGCUUUUAUGUGGGCCGCGGUAGAUACACCUACUUGUCUUCGACGUGGGCGUCUCAACAUGCUACUCAAUCCACAACCUUCCGAGUACUGUGAUCCUCUGGGGAAUGUCAAUAUUUUUGUCCCUGUAUUGGCCGCAAACAAGAGUAGCGGACCCGUUAGCAAUCAUUCCGUCAUCUUCGUCUCUGCCCGAAUGGACAGUGCAUCAAUAUUCGAUGGUCUAUCAGUUGGUGCCGAUACAGCCAUCACGGGAAUGGCUACUCUGAUAGCUAUUGCAGAUAUGAUUAACAAGUUCAAGUUCGAUAUCCGUCGUCAAGAAAUCGAAAAUGUUUUUCUAGUACUUUUUAAUGGUGAAGCUUUUGACUAUAUCGGAUCUAGUCGCAUGGCAUACGACAUGAAUUUAGGGAAAUUCCCGAAGCCAUUAAAAGACGAAAACCCUUCUCAAAGUCCUCUAAUUGGACUCGAACAUGUUAAAUAUUGGAUUGAACUUGGUUCUCUAGCUCCUCAUGCUGAUAAAAAGAUUUAUCUGCAUACGGAUCCAAAAUCCAGGAGUGACAACCGCGUUAACGCCAACGUGAUGGAAUUGAUCAAUGUCCUUAGGAAAAACCAGGGUAAUCUGACUGCAGAGCCUGUCGAUGCUUCAAUCCCACUGCCACCAGCCUCUCUUCAGAGUUUUCUUAAAAAAGAUUUGAGCAUCCCAGGGCUGUUGAUUUCAAACCACAAGAACGCAUUUACUAAUCAAUUUUACAACAACGAAUGGGAUACAUUUCAGACAAUUAGUUCUUCGAAGUUAUCAAAGCACCUGGCUGAGGUUGCUUAUGCGGUAUCAGCUACAAUCUAUGAGUUGGCGACAGGAGACAAAAUGCCUAUGGACAUCGUAGCUAACGUGACUUUGUUGGAGAGCACUCUCGAGUGUUACCUGAUCAACGCCAAUUGCAGCCUUUUCAGUUGGCUUUUAAACGGCAGGAACAAUUUAGCUACUGGAAGCAUUUUGCCGACCUAUGUGGGUGUGACGCAUGGUGAUGGUGCCUACAAGGCCCUUUCGUUACGGACCCGACAUCUUUUGGCGAUGAUCAGUGGACAACAGCUUGAUAUUAACAAGACGGCUUGCAUCAACAGUGAUCACAAUGAAAUUUACCACUAUUACUGGAUGGGAGAGUAUGAAUCAAAUAAUUCCAGCGGAACAUGUUACCGCAGCACUGUCAAAACAUCGUAUGCAGUUAGCCCAGCAUUUGAAAUUGAAGAUUAUGACUGGACAUCGGGAGAAUACUCUUCUUGGACAGAAUCCAGAUGGGAGACUUUCUCAGUUCGAAUAUUUCUAAAAGCUUCUUCACUCCAAGCAGUGUCCGUAUUCGUCUUUGGAGUGGUAGUCUUUUUGUUAUCUUUUGCGGUAACCUAUUGGGUGGAAACAAAUUCAGCUCUUCUUUUUCCUCCAAGGUAAAGAUCUGAUUCUGGUGUAAAUGGGAACCGAAAUGAGACAACCACUGACAGUGAUAUUGGGCAACUGGGCCCAGGUGCUUCUUUUGCGGUAUUUACUCUAAUGGAAGAUUUGAUUGACAAGAUGAAGAUCCUCAAAUACGAAACAGAAUUUGCCAACGAAUUCAACAUUAAACCUUUUCCAAGACAUUACUUUGCUAUACCUACCAACCCGGGGGAGCAAUUUUACAUGUUUGUUGUUACAGCUGCAUGGUUGAUAAGAAAAGGCAAAAAGAAAUUCGACACUCCCCAGGAAUCCGAUGACCCCAAUGCCACAAUCUCAAAUAUAUUGGACUACGUUCGCCGUUUAGGAGUCGCUAUCGAGUUUCCACCGAAUAGACUGAAACAGGGCUACGGCGAGCACGUUGUUUUCGUUCUUGAUCGGUUGGCUGACUACGCAUUGAAAAUCAACAACUUUUUGUGGGAUCAGCCUCAGGAACAGGACGAAGAGGAAGUGGUAGAGGAAGAGAAUGGAAGUGGAGAUGAACUUGAUUUGGAUCAGGUUGAGGAAGAAAUGGCCGCUCAAUAUGGAAGUGAUGACGACGAGUACGAUAAAGAUUUCUUCAACCUUAACGUCCAAACUAUUACCCCACACGUGAGUCAAAUGCGAGCUGACGUACUGGAAUCGGAGGCGGAUGCUGAAGCUUGGAAGAUUGAAGUUGAACGUGUCAUUCCACGACUUAAGCUUGCAAUGAAGCCUGAUCCCCGGGAUUGGAGGUCACGACUGGAAUUGCUAUCAAAAUACAGUGCAAGUGUGUCAAAUACGAUGAGCUCAUCUCGAACAAUGCUGCAAAAGAUCAGCACAGACAUCGAGAAGAACAUGGAACGUGUGGAAACUAGAGAAAAGUACCUAAAUUCUCAGCUCAGUGGAUUGUUGACUCAGUACAGCAAAACUCAGGAACAGCUUAAACAGGUUGAAGAAAAAUACACCAAAUUCAGUGUCGGGAUAGAGGAACGUAACCAUAAAUUAAAUCAAUUAAAUGACGAGAUACAGCACAUCAAGAACGAGCUUGAUGAACGUAGUCUCAACAUGACUGACGGAACUCCCCUAGUUAAUUUGAAGAAAGUUUUAAUUCGAAUAAAAGGAGAGCUGACAUUAAUGGACGUUCGUAUCGGAGUAGCCAGUCAUAUAUUACUGCAAGCCCGGAUGAAACAGUCCACUGCUCUUCAACAUCUACUGCUAGCAAAUUCAACGACAGCCAUCACCAGAUAAAACAAGUAAUAUACCUAAGUUUGAAUAAAAUCUGUUGAUUCUGGUUCACGAAUAAUCACUUUCUUCAAGGAGAUGGUAGUAAAAAACUGAACUGCUUAGUGUUCAUCGCAUAAAGCGCGAGCCAUUAAUGCGACUUUCUGAGCUCGUUGAAUUGCAUCACCGCACUUGGCUCGGCGCAUAAAUCUGCAAUCUUGAAAAUGUCCUUCGUGUCGGGGAAAUCCGUUGCUUUCAUCCGAAAAAGUCACUAAGCCUUGUUCAAAUAAUAAAUGUAUACUAGAAUAAAUACUUAAUUCAAUUUAGUUUGCUUACCUUGGCCCCAAAUUCGACCGCCACGGAAUUCACCUUCAUAUCUCAUACCGUCUGAUCUCCAGAACGCUCCUGGACCAUGAAACCAGCCUUCGGAAAAUGUUCCCUCGUAUCUUGGACACACAAAAUAAGACACAUUUAAGCUCGUGAUAUUGAAAAAUUAAGUGCUCGUGGCAAUAUUACCUUGCACCGUCCGAGAAAACCAGUACACCUAAACCCGAGCAUAGUCCUAGUUUAAAUUGACCAGAAUAUACCGAACCAUCCGGAGUAGUAAGUUGCCCUACACCGUGCCGUUGCCCAUUCUGGUCCCAUUCGCCUAUGUAUUCACUGCCGUCACUGUAUUUGAACGAACCAUAUACCGCAUCCUUGUUUUCUGCGUCUAAUAGAAAAAAGAGUUAUUA